GUGCCUCGCGCGGAGCUCGGCCUCCAGGAGUCAGGUGGCGCCGGUCAGGUGACCGCGGGCCCGCCCCGACACAAGACCACCCGGCCGGGGGCAUCUCCGUGCACUCCGAAGCUACCUCUGGCGCGUGGUUUCUGCGUCCGGUGAGAUCGGUCCCCGAGCCCGGGAGGCUGUCAGGUGAGCAAAGGCGCGGCCCCAGGGUCUCCCCCCCAGUUUCCCAAGCAGACCCUUGAGACCCAGAGACUGGCCUCACGCCUCGGUGGGACAGCCUGCUGCCGGUCAAGCUCCGCUCCGCCGCCCCUGGACUCCAGUGGCACCGACGACCACUCCACGCCCAGACGCCUGGACAGCCCUGGGCUGAAGGGUCUGGGUGAAGGUGCAUGAAGGCGGGACCACUGGCCGGGAUGCCAGGGUGAUGUGGGUGGCUCUCCUCGCUUCCUGCUGCGUUGCCUCCUGAAGCUGGGUUGGAGAGUAUGCACGUUGUUUUGGAAAGGCGAGAUCCCCAGAGGACCAUUCCCUGGAGCUCCUGCUGACACUUGUCCAGUGCUGGGCUCCAGGGGACUAGGCAGGAGGAGACGCCCCCCCCACACCCCCCGCCUUCUUGGGUUCUUAGACAGGAGGACACCUGGGCCCUGCACUGAGGAAAGUGUUAAUCAAUGCCGUGUGAUUCCUUGUUCUGAGAAAUCAGAGAACAUGAUAAGGAAUUUGCUGCUUAUUUUUAUCCUUUUUCCCCUGAAUCUCAUAACGAAUUGUGAAUCUACUUUCAGCCUCACCGUCCCUCCCAUUGUGAAGCUGGAAAAUGGCAGCUCAACCAAUAUCAGCAUCACCCUUGGGUAUCCAUUAAAUGCAACCUUACUGAUCACUUUUGAAAUCACAUUUCGUUCAAAAAAUAUUACUAUCCUUGAUCUCCCUGAUGAGGUUGUAGUGCCUCCCGGAGUGACUUAUUCUUCUUUCCAAGUGACAUCUCAAAAUGUUGGACAAGUGACAGUUCAUCUGCAUGGAAAUCAUUCCAACCAGACCAGCCCAAGAAUACUCUUCUUAGUGAUCCACAGCAGUGCUAUUAGCAUCAUAAACCAGAUGAUUGGCUGGAUCUACUUUGUGGCCUGGUCCAUCUCCUUCUACCCUCAGGUGAUCAAGAACUGGAGACGGAAAAGUGUCAUUGGCCUGAGCUUUGACUUCUUGGCCCUGAACCUGACGGGCUUUGUGGCCUACAGCGUGUUCAACAUUGGCCUCCUGUGGGUGCCCUACAUCCAGGAGCAGUUUCUCCAGAAACACCCCAAUGGCGUGAACCCUGUGGACAUUAAUGAUGUCUUCUUCAGCCUGCAUGCAGUCACUCUCACUCUGAUUGUCAUCCUGCAAUGCUGCCUAUAUGAGGCCUACAUGAACUUUCACUACAAAAGCACCGAGGGCUGGAGCAUUGGCAGUGUGUUCCUGGACUUCAUUGGAGGCAGCUUCAGCCUCCUCCAGAUGUUCCUGCAGUCCUACAACAACAACCAGUGGACGCUGAUCUUUGGAGACCCAACUAAAUUUGGACUUGGCAUCUUCUCCAUAUUCUUUGAUGUUAUCUUCUUCAUCCAGCACUUCCUUCUGUACAAAAAGAAAUCGGGGUAUGACCAGCUGAACUAGCACUCAGAGAACCACCAGUGUAAACAGCCAGGGCCAGGGUCCUGGUUGGGGAAGGCUGUACCCACUGAAGGCCAGAGAAGCAGCUGGCGUGCAGGCCCUGUGUGGCAUGGCCCAGCAUGCCGGAGAAGCACUUUCUUCCUCAGGCCAAAUGCCUUAAACACAACCGCCUUGCCUUCACCCAGGCCCCUCCUGGGCCUCAAAGGACCCCCCACCCCCUUUCUGGGAUGGACACCUGACUCUGCUCUGAGACUGAAAAGCAGACCUCAGGUGGUCCCUCUCUGCCUCCUCAGAGGUCCCAGCUGAGCCAGACUAGGGGUCUGGCCCUCCUGCAUCUUGAUGCACCACCUCUCUUUUCUUUAAGGCCUCAGGCAGCAUUCACAGAACCUGACAGCCAUACGAGGCCGAAUGGGACACUAAGCUUGCAGCCGAAGGCCUUGCCCCAAACAAGUGUUUCUGGGAGCAGCUUGAAAGGCUGACCAUGCCGCUGGGAGAGCCAAGGGCACUUUGCUGCCACCGUUGUGGUCCCAGGAACCAAGCAGCCAGGUGCUUUAGCCAAUGGACUCGAAGGUGCCGAUGCUGGUGGUGGAGGGGUGAGGACUGUGGGACUAGGCCUUAGGGUCCUUUCUCGGAAGGCCACACUCCUGAAACUCAUCCUGCAUAACUCAGCUUCCACAGCUGCAGUAACAGGUGGCCCAGAGCAGGGCCUGAGCACGGAGGUACCUGCCAGAUAAGCUCUGAACUGCACUCUGCCCAGUGCUCAUUGUCUAGACACCAGUCUGUUGUCACACUAACUCAGAGUUUGAGAAGGGAUGUUUUAGAAAUGGCUUGCUCUUCCCUGCCUUCACUUUCCUAGUGAAUUAGGGCCCUGUUUGAGCACCCUACUACUCCUAACUUAGCACCAGCCUGUGCCUUAGAAGCCUGCCCACCUGCCAAGUAGUGACAGCAGCUCCCUUGGAGGGGAGGGCCGGGCCCCCUUCCCUUGAUUUCCUCCAGACACCUGAGACUUCAGUGUUUUGGUCAUGGAGAAAUUGAACCCACCUCACACAAUUGGUAUGGGUCCAACCCCAAUCUCACACUUCCUUCCUUAUCCUCUCCAGCUGGUGCCCUCCCUGGGGUGGAAGGAACUGGAAUGUGCCUUGUGUGACCUGAGUUUGCCAAUCUUUUUUUUUUUUUUUUAACAAGUACUUGUGCCUUUUUUUCCUUAACUGCUUUUUGUGUCCUAUUUGGGUAGAGCCCUAAUCCUUAAUUAAAGCUUGGCUUAUUUCCUUUGUGCA